AUGCCUGAUAAAAAAGAUCCAUACAGUUCAGUAAAUUGCAAUAGUAGUGUAGUUUGUUCUGCAAAGUAUCAGGAUUUAUCAUUGUCUAGUGAACAUUUGCAUUCAAGUACAAAAAAGAACAUGGCUCUGUCCAGCCAACUAGAAGAAAAUAGUGUUCCAUCUUGCCACACGGCAUUUCCAGUCGACUUGAAAGAAGUUUUCGAGUUAACCAAUCCCGGCUCCGAAAUACACCAAGCUAUCCUCAGGCCGUCGACAGAUAUAAAUGCCAUUCAGUAUGCACAUUCUCCCCAGAUACUUCGCUCCCCAAAAGAAUCGCAUGAGACUGAGUCAGAAAGUGAGAGAGUGACUUGGCGGCAUGUCCUCAGAGAGCAAGAGGACCAUCCUGAGGACAUGGAGGAAGAAAAUCCACUGCUGCAUUCCAUAAAGGACCGCCAUUCAUCCGAAGAGAGGCAGUCUUGGGAAAAUGUGAUGAACGACUCUCAGGGUAUCGACGAAAAUGGUCCCGAUGAAAAUGAAAUUCUGCAGGCCAAGUCCCAGAUGGGCGUUAUAAGUAACCAGGAGGCUUGGAAUCAUGUAAUUAAGCAAGCCUCAGAAAAUGACAAAAUCAUUCAUUCUGGAGUGAAAGCUCAUAGUCCGAUGUUAACCGGUGCCGAGCAUGGUAGCUGGAACCAUGUCUUAGAAGACAUGCCAAAUGCAAGUGAUUUGUCUCACCCUCAGUUGAUCCAUGCCCAUACAGAUUCUUCUCAGGUAUUAAAUGGACAUAAGACAUGGAAUCAUGUCAUAUCCGAGCAGGCAAGCCAUCCAGACGUUGCAAAUGUUCCUCCGAUGGACCUCUCUGGCGACUGCACCAAACUCACCUCCCUCAUUCCCGAAAGAAGAGAUGCAUCAUGUCAGGUUGAUGAUAUCCCUUCCCAUAAUUCUCCAGACAGUGGUUCGCCGAAUCAUCAAGAUCAGAAAGUAAAGUGCAACAAUUCUCUGAACAAAGGUAUUGAAGCUGUUGGAGAUACGCCCCAAAAUAUGGUAAAUUUGACCAUUGUGACCGAAGCUCCGAAUACUGCUCCUCAGGUUGUGGUGCAUAAUGGGAUUAAACCUGAGCUAUAUACUCAAGAGCGACACCUUGUAGUUCAAGCUGGCACAAAAGCUCAGGCACCUCCAAAAGUUGCUACAACAUUCCCCUGUAAUCAUUGCGGUAAAGUAUUUGGCGAUAAUAGAAGUUUGCAAAGACACAUGUUAAUACACAUAGGCUUAAGACCAUAUCGUUGCCCGGUAUGUGGGAAAGCUUUUAUGUUGAAUGGAGAUUUGACCCGCCACAUAAGGAUUCAUAGUGGUGAAAGGCCGUAUGCAUGCGACGUGUGUGGUAGACGUUUUACUCUCAAGGGGAAUUUGAUGCAGCAUUUUCGUACACAUACUCCAGAGAAACAGUAUGCAUGUACCAUUUGUGAGAAGAACUAUGCUCAAAAGGACAGCCUGCACAGGCACAUAAGAGCUCAUUUUGGCGAAAAGCCUUUCGAAUGCACGACUUGCGGAAAGCGCUUUACCCUCAAGGGGGACUUGAGCAGACACAUCCUCAUCCAUUCUGGUGUAAAGCCGCACUCAUGCAAGUUCUGUGGCAGGCAGUUUGCAUUGAAAGGCAAUUUAACUCAGCAUGUCAGGACUCACAUUCGCACUCAGUCAAAGGGAAAUGAGGGGGUUAACAAUGCCUUCAUUAAAAGCCAGACAGAACCCCAGCUUAUUUGUGAUCUGAGUUACUCACAUGUCCAAAAACCUUUCGUGUCUGUGCCAAACAGUGCCUCAUCUUUGAAAUUACCUCAUAUUACAACCUCUAGUCAAGCCACAAACUUAGCCAUUGCCCACCCUUACAUACAGACUUCGGCACCCUCGGAAAGCAACCACCAGUCUCCAUCUGCCGGUUUGUCUUUCUGUUCCGAGUGCUCUAAAACUUUCCCAUCUCCAGAAAGUCUCCAUGAACACGUGCAGUUGAUACAUGAGCAGUCGACUCGGUUGGCUUCCAAUCGUUACUUGUGCAAUAUUUGUCAAAAGGAAUUCUGCCUUAAAGGGGAUUUAACAAGACAUUUGAACAGUCAUAACGGCGUGAAACCGUACGAGUGUGAAUACUGCAAUAAAACAUUCACCUUGAAAAGCAACUUGAGGCAGCAUUUAACAACACAUAGGAUGGACAAGAACUUCUCUUGUCCCAUGUGUUCGAAGACGUUCGGAAAUCGGCGCAAUCUGAACCUUCAUCUCCGUAGACAUGAGCAGGCUCGUGCUAACUUCACGUGUACAAAGUGCGGACGGUCUUUCCUGGCCAAGUCCGAUCAUUUCUUCCAUGACUGCACGAAAGCCGAAACUUCUUCUUCCGCAGAAAAUCCGCACACUCCAUUGUCAUCCAGUUCUGUCAUCAACAGCAACACUCCUCCCGCAUCUCCCCCGGAGGGAAUGUGUUCGACCCCAGUGACCUUGCAAGCUGAGGCACCGAACCAAACGACAGUUCCUCUGGCUCUGCUUCCGGUCAAACGAGAGACUUGCCACUUGCCUUGCGAUGACAGAGAACUGGCAGAUCCGCUGGAAUGCAACGCUCCAGGUCUGACAGCUGUAAAUGGCGCACAAUCCUUUCUAGGGCCGUUCUACCGUCACUUAUAUUUCUCUACCUCUCAUCAGAACAUGAUACCUACGCUGAAAGGCUUGCUCCAUGCCUCGUCUGGAGAUGCUAGCAUAGCAGAUUUUAAUCGGGUUGCAAAAACUAGUUAG